CGGUUCAUAAUUACUUGGGUCCUACUCUUUCCUUAACCCAUACUGCCAAUUCACUACCAUCCAACCUCAUCAAUGCUGUAACGCAAAACACCCCAAUCUCUCCUCCUCUUUACUUUGAUUGUCUUCAAAGUUUCUUGUUUCUUUCUUUCUCACCACAAGACACACACAAAUUGGCUAUUUGACUAUUAGCUCUCGACUUUACCACAAUACCCCUCACUCGUCUAUAAGUACAAAACCAAAUGGUACAACAAUCAAAUGUCUUUUAAGUUUAAAUAACACCCAGAAAAUUAGUAAGCGCCGCUCUGUACUUACCUGCCACGUGGCGUAUUCUCUCUGCACGACGCGCUUUUUUUUCUUUCCUAUUUACACAAUCUAUCUCCUCUUCUUCACUCAAACCAAACCUUCUUCUUACCAAACAUCGAUAGAAACCAUGAGAGUUAUCUCAAAGCUGUUCGAUUCAGACAAAAGAAAACGAACACCGAAACAUUUAGACUCCGGCGAAAGCGCCACGUCAUCAUCAUCACUCAGCGACGCCACCACCGGCUCAAGCAGCCUACACAGCAGUCUCUCUCUCCAAACACUUCCUUCAGUUCCUUCUCUUCAGAAAAUCCCCUCCGCCACCGUCACCGUCUCUCACUCCGUCACCUCUUCGUUUAAACUCCGUGAGCGGAGUCUCCCCGUCACAUGUCUCGCCGUCAACGGUGGUUACCUCUUCGCCGUCUCCGGACACGAAGUAAGCAUCUACGAUCGCGACAUGUGUGCUCAUCUCGACACAUUCAACGGCCAGGAUCCUUUCUCGGGAACAGUUAAAUCCGUCGGCUUCUCCGGUGAAAAAAUCUUCACGGCGCAUCAAGACGGUAAGAUCGGAGUCUGGAAACUAACGGCGAAAAGCGGUUAUAAACAGUUGACAACGCUUCCGACUCUAAACGACCGUUUGCGACGCUUCGCUCUCCCUAAAAACUACGUUCAAGUACGCCGUCAUAAAAAACGUCUCUGGAUCGAACAUGCCGACGCCGUCACUGCUCUCGCCGUCAACGACGGGUUCAUUUACUCUGUUUCUUGGGAUAAGACUUUGAAGAUUUGGAGAGCUUCUGAUCUUCGUUGCAAAGAGUCUAUCAAAGCUCACGAUGACGCCGUUAAUGCCGUUGCCGUCUCUGCUAACGGCACGGUUUACACCGGUUCCGCGGAUAGACGUAUCCGGGUCUGGGCUAAACCGACCGGUUCGAAACGUCAUGCGUUGGUCGCGACUUUGGAGAAGCAUAAAUCGGCGGUUAACGCUUUGGCGUUAAACGACGAUGGAUCGGUUUUGUUUUCCGGUUCGUGUGACCGGUCUAUUUUGGUUUGGGAGAGAGAGGACACUUGCGAUUACAUGGCGGUGAGAGGUGCUUUGAGGGGACAUGAUAAAGCAAUACUUAGCUUGUUCAACGUCUCUGAUUUGCUGCUGAGUGGAUCUGCAGAUCGGACGGUUAGGAUUUGGCGACGUGGAUCUGAUUCUAGUUACAGUUGCUUGGAGGUUCUUUAUGGUCAUACUAAACCGGUUAAGUCGUUGGCGGCGGUUAAAGAUACGGAGUCAGACGGUGUCGUUUCAAUCGUUAGUGGAAGUCUUGACGGAGAGGUUAAAUGUUGGAAGGUCUCCGUCACCAAACCGGAUCAUUCAUUUUACACGAAUCUUGUUCAAUAAAUUAAUUACAUUUGUUUGUUUUUUUUUGGUUGAAAAUUAUUGUUUUGUAAACAACAAAUUUGGCGUUUUUUAACAGUCAUUUGCAAAAAAAAAUGAGUAAGUAAUUAUUGAAAUACGUGCCAGAAGAGCUUUAUAUA